CUGGUACUCCUACACUCGUAUCCAGACAUCUGCAGCGUACGCAACUGUGUAUUUCUACCAAUUGCUACCAGUUUCUACCAAUUUCUACCAACAUUUAAAAUGAAGUCCAUAGUAAUUCUAGUUGCAUUAGCCGUGAUUGUUUUGCAGUGUGAAAGCAAAACUUUUACAAGAUGCGAACUUGUACGACAGUUGAGGAAUCAUGGUUUUCCUGAAAAUAAGAUGCGAGACUGGGUAUGCUUAGUGGAGAACGAGAGCAGUCGGCGCACACACAAGACUGGCUCGGUGAACAAGAACGGCUCCCGCGACUACGGGCUGUUCCAGAUCAACGACAAGUACUGGUGCAGCAACACUAGCACGCCGGGCAAAGACUGCAACGUCACCUGCGCGGAUCUGCUAACGGACGAUAUCACGAAAGCGGCCAAGUGCGCAAAGAAAGUGUUCAAGCGUCAUGGAUUCAACGCAUGGUACGGAUGGAAGAACCACUGCCAAGGAAGUCUCCCAGACAUCAGCUCCUGUUAGUCUUUUACUCAUUCAUAAAGGCUCACCCAAUCUCGCCAAACUUGUAGUCUGCUUUGAACAGUCUGCGCAUUGUACAGCCAUAUUUCAGCGUGAAUCCUGUAAAAUUACAGCACUGUGACAUCGUUCGUUUCCAUGACAACUUCAUUGUCAAUGACAUUUUACUUUUGGCAUUCCGUAAACAUAAAGUUAUGGGCGAAAAGUUCGUCGAUGUGGGAAUACCCCUGGAACAGACAGCGCAUUGUAGGUCAACAAGAAACUAUGAAGUGCGGUGAUAUCGCCGUAGUUGAACAAAACACUAGUGAUGAGACAUGAGAACUCAAUGGUUUCAUCGGGGUAGAGUUGAUAUGUUGGAACUUCAGAGCGUUUAGAAGUUUGGUGUGGAUUAUACCUAUCUUGUAUACUUAUCAAACAUAUUCACGUAUUUAUUUUUGUAUAACUAUAAUUAAAUCCAAAGAAUACCUAGGUAAAUUACUAACUACUACUACUACUAACAAGUCGAGUACAAUUUGAACAGGAAAAGAAUAAACUUUGCCUUAUUGUAAAAAAACAAAGAAACAUAUUUUUGUUAAGAUGGUAAUGAAAAAUUAUGGCGCCUGUUUUAUUUUUCUGGUCAAGUAACGGUUAUUUGAAUAAAGUAUAAAUUAUUGUAAUGUUAAAA